UGUCACAUGGAAUGGUGAAUUUUGGGUGUUUUGCGGCUGACUGGAAACUUUGUGAAAACGUGUUUUCUUCGUAUAAAUAGGAAAUGCACCCCAAUUUGUCGUCAAAUCUUCACACAGAUGAAUGUAAUUUAAUCAUUGAAGCUCUCCAGAAGUGCCAUAAAGAGAAUCCCUUUGGAAAAUUCCUGGGCCAGUGCAACGAUCUGGACAGGCAGAUGCACAGGUGCCUGAGGCAGGAGCGAGCGGACAAUCAGAAGCGCAAUUUUGACGAGUCAAGGAAGAAGAUCAGCAAAACUCAAGACCGCAUCAGAAAUUCCAAGGAUGAAGAGUGA